UUUUAACAUCCUAAUCCCAAGGUGGAAGGAGAACUUUAGGUGGAGCUAUAAGGAGUAAGUGGGUGUGAGAAGAGGACGAAAUUGGAAUAGGUGAGAUCAUGUCUUGCAGAUGAGAAGAGGGAGCUCGAAUUUUGAGGUGGAGAAGAGAAUGAAAAGUGGAAGUGUUUGGAGUAGCCUAAAAAGAGAGAGAUGAGAGAUAAAGCGUGGAGUUCCAGAUGUCAAGUUUUAAUUAUUUUAUAUAAUUUUUUAAACAAAUAUGGAUUGAAACAAUUUUAUAUGGGGAAGGGAAAUGAAAAUGGAACUACUUGGAACAGACUGAAAUUCCCUAGGCCAUGGGUGUGAGAGGGGCCCAAUCAGCCUUAUUUUAAUUAUCAGUUGCAUUCUGGAGUUUUAACAGAAUUGUCUGAAAACUUCCAAGUCUCACGUCACCCCAGCCAGGCAUUUUGUAGAGACCGUCACUACAGAAAGGAUUUGAAAUUCAAUUUUGUUGAUAAAAAUCAGGUGGAAACUAGACCUGUUGAAGAGUUUGGGGUGUCAUACAAAAGGAAACAAAUAGGAAGAGGUUGAAAACGCACACGCCAACUGAAUUCCUUCUCCAACCCCUCCUUUCAAAGGGAAGGAUUUACAGCUCAACCUGGCACCAGCUGUUAGCCGGCUUUAGCCGUCAAGCGAGAAAUAAAUAAAAUUAAACAACCACCGCUACGCAAUCUCUCCCUGAUUUCACCAGGAACUGAGUAUCUCUUCGACUGCCUUGAGUGAAGGGAAGGCAAGAACCAAGCAGUGUGAAGGAAAACAAGCACAUUUUUUCAGGAUAACCCUGUUCCCCUGAGCUGUGACUGGAGAGAACUGCUGGACACCAGGAACAGACUAUAAAGGAGAGGAGACUGCCUUGGGAUUUUGGCGUGGUUUUUUUUCAAAGAAAUCUAAUGGCAGCCUGUUGCUGAGUUGGCCACCUUUCCAGGAGCAAUCACCAGGGUGGGAAGGACUUCUGGAACUUGGCUUGCCUCCAUGUGCUGCAGAGCUCUGCAAUUUUCACUUACCGCUUUCCCCACCCUAACUUAUAAAAUCUUUGCCUCCACUUUGGAAGCCAGCAUUUGCCACAAGCUGCGUGGGGAGCUAUUACUUACACCUGUAGUUUAGCUGCUCCCAGCUGUUGUGUUACUAACAGCAGAUUGAAUUGGAAUUCGGUUUCCCAUUUUAUUUUUUAAAUGUCCUUCUGUACAUCCCCAAACUUUCAGGGGACAGCGUAAACUCCCUUGGCUGUGUCUCCCUCCAGAGACCGGUGUGGAUUUUUCCUCUGGAUUGUUUCCUCCUGCACCAUUUGGAAUAUUCUCAAAGUAUAUUUCAGGAAGUUGGAUAACUGUUUACCUUCACGACUACUUCUGCCCCCCUCCUCUUUCCUUCCCUUCUUAAGGUCCCCUCCCCCUUUUCGUGUCCAUUCUGACUCCAGUUGCGCCUGGGCUAUGCUGCAGGGCGGAUCCCCCACCAGAGCUCCAACAUGCCAGCAGCAUCUGGAAAGAGGUUCAAACCCAGCAAAUACGUCCCGGUCUCAGCUGCUGCCAUCUUUUUAGUGGGAGCCACCACUCUCUUCUUCGCAUUCACGUGCCCGGGGCUCAGCCUGUACAUCUCCCCGAUCAUCCCCAUCUACAAUGCUGUUGUCUUCCUCUUCGUGCUGGCCAACUUCAGCAUGGCCACCUUCAUGGACCCGGGGAUAUUCCCACGAGCUGAUGAAGAUGAGGACAAGGAGGAUGACUUCAGAGCCCCCCUAUACAAGACAGUGGAAAUCAAGGGUAUCCAGGUGCGCAUGAAAUGGUGUGCGACGUGCCGCUUCUACCGGCCCCCACGCUGCUCCCACUGCAGCGUCUGUGACAACUGCGUGGAGGAAUUUGACCAUCACUGUCCCUGGGUGAACAACUGCAUUGGGCGGCGCAACUACCGCUACUUCUUCCUCUUCCUGCUCUCGCUCACUGUGCACAUCAUGGGCGUCUUCGGCUUUGGCCUGCUGUAUGUCCUCUGCCAGGUGGAAGAGCUCUCUGGGGUCCGCAUGGCUGUCACCAUGGGGGUGAUGUGUGUGGCCGGCUUGUUCUUCAUUCCGGUAGCUGGCCUUACGGGGUUCCACGUGGUGCUGGUAGCUCGGGGACGCACUACCAACGAACAGGUUACGGGUAAAUUCCGGGGUGGUGUGAACCCCUUCACCAAUGGCUGCUGUAAGAAUGUCAGCCGAGUUCUCUGCAGCUCCCCAGCUCCCAGAUACCUCGGCCGACCAAAGGCAGAGCAGACGGUGCUGGUGAGGCCGCCCUUCCUGCGGCCUGAGGUGUCUGAUGGACAGGUCAUGGUCAAGAUCAUGGACAAUGGUAUCCAGGCUGAACUGAAGAGAACCAAGUCCAAAGGAAGCCUGGAGGUGACGGAGAGCCAGUCGGCCGACGCUGAGCCGCCCCCCCCACCCAAGCCAGACCUCAGCCGCUACACAGGUCUGAGGACGCACUUAACCCUGGCCACCAAUGAGGACAACAGCUUGCUAGGCAGGGACAGCCCUCCGACUCCCACCAUGUACAAGUACCGCCCUGGCUACAGCAGCAGCAGCACCUCAGCCGCCAUGCCCCACUCUACCAGCGCCAAGUUGAGCCGAGGGGACAGCCUGAAGGAGCCGACCUCCAUCGUUGAGAGCAGCCGGAACCCCAGCUACCGCUCAGAGCCAAGCCUGGAGCCUGAGAACUUCCGCUCACCCACCUUCGGCAAGAGCUUCCACUUCGACCCGCUGUCGAGUGGCUCGCGCUCCUCUAGCCUCAAGUCAGCCCAAGGCACGGGCUUCGAGCUGGGCCAGCUGCAGUCGAUCCGCUCCGAGGGCACCACCUCCACCUCCUACAAGAGCCUGGUGAACCAGACGCGCAACGGCAGCCUUUCGUAUGACAGCCUGCUCACGCCCUCUGACAGCCCCGACUUCGAGUCAGUGCAAGCCGGGCCGGAGCCAGAGCCCCCCCUGGGCUACACCUCGCCCUUUCUCUCAGCCCGCAUCUCCCAGCAGCGGGAGGCCGACCUGCACAGCCGCUUCCCUGGCACCGGCUCGCCCAAGUACCCGCCCCCCUGCGAGCCCUCGCCCAUGCGCUAUGACAAUCUCUCCCGCCACAUCGUGGCCUCCAUGCAAGAGCGGGAGAAGCUGCUGCAGCAGUCACCCACCCCACCGCCUCUGGCCAAGGAGGAGGACACGGGGCUGGUAGACUCGGGCAUCCAGUCGACACCAGGCUCCAGCAAUGCCCCGCGCACCAGCUCCUCCUCGGACGAUUCGAAGCGCUCCCCGCUGGGCAAGAACCCGCUGACCCGCCCGGCGCCGCCCCGCUUCGGCAAACCGGAGCUGCCACACGUGUUCCGGGUGCGCUCGCCUGACCCACCCGCGGCCCCCCAGCUGGGCAAAGCUGUGUCUUACAGCAGCCAAAAACAGCCCCCCCCCGCCAGCAUCCCGGAAACGGAGGAGGUGGCCUUGCAGCCAUUGCUGCUGCCAAAAGACGAGGUGCAGAUGAGAACCGCCUACAGCAAGUCCAAUGGGCAGCCCAAGAGCCUGGGCCCGGCCUCCCCCUCCCCUGGCCAGCCGCCCCCCAGCAGCCCCACUCGAGGAGGAGUCAAGAAGGUCUCUGGAGUGGGCGGGACCACCUAUGAGAUCUCUGUAUGAGGGGCGGAGCUCUCUCCCCACUGUCUCUUCCUCCCUGGCUCUUACCAAAACACUCAGGCCCUGGUGGGCUGGAGGUGUGCCCUGGAGCCAGGACACCUGCAUGGACAUUUUUUAAGAAUCCUCCAGCUGUGGGGGGAAAUGGCUGAGAGGAAAGUGACCUUUUAAAAUAUGACCCCUGGGAUUUGGGGUGAGGCUCUGAGCAUCCCCUAAGUCAUUACAGCUGCAACGCAGCCUGAAUCCCCCUCCUGCUCCCAGCCAGCUGAGAAACUAACUCUAGCACACACUGCCGAAAGAAGGGGGAGGACUAUCCCGGCAGCACCCCCAGCUGGUGGGGGAAGGCACAACCGAUGGGCCAGACACUCGUGGACCUCGUGCAAUCGCUCGCCUUGUGCGGUAGGAACGGUUCGUUUUUAAAACAAGGAUAAUUUUUUUUAUGAUUGUUACGGAUUCUAUUUUUUUUCCUCUUCUGAGUUACCAGGUGUGUGUAUAUAUAAAUAUCUAUAUAUAAAUAUAAAUAUAAAAGAAAUUCUAUAUCUACCAGAGAGAGGGAAGAAUCGCCCCACAAGGGCCCAAGCCCCUAUGCCCCCUUAGGACACCCAGCCCCAAGAAGGCUGAUAUGGGGAUGUGUGCGUGUGUGUAUAGAGUUUCUAGGUCCAGAGAGGUGGGCAGUGGGGGCUUUCUACCACAGGUUAAUUGGAAAAGAGACCUGUGGAAUUGCCAGUGUUGGGACCGGGGUGGGGGGAAACGGGACAGUAUUUUAUAUUUAGGGACAGACACUAGAUCCUUGCUCAUGUGAUCCCAGGCUUGACCAUUGCUCAGUGUUUCUGGGGCCUUCCCCUAGCAGCCAUGCUAGGGGCCUGGGCUGCCUUUUGAGUGUCACCUCCCCCUUUCCGGCUUCUCUGGUUCCUGGAUGGAUUUCCUAUCCUGAGGAAGCAAGGCAAGGGGGAGACCUGGAAGGCAGCCCUUCCACCCCAUCAUGCAGUGGUUAAGCAUGGCCUCCCCUUUAGCUGAGUGGGAUGGGCAAAUCCAUGUCUCCCUUGCAUGGGUGGGUUUAAUUGAGGACUCAGUUUCUCAUUUACAGCCUCCAGUAUUCGGGGGGGUGGGGUGGGAUGUGUCAUGAAACUGACUCCCAGCAAAGUGGGAACAAGAGACUGGUGGGUUUCUUCUGUUUCCCGAUGCUACUCGUUCCGCACAAACAGCCGCUUGCUUAGUGCUGGAGACGUAGCAUUGGGACUCAGAAGAGCAGUAGGGGGCUUGAGGGCUGUGUUCCCUGUACAGAGAUUUGACCUGUAUCUAAUCCCUCCCCCACAGACCAUUUUAGCAGUUCUUCUCUCUGUUGUUUUUACAUUUUUUUUAUUUUUGAUGGUUCCGUUAUGGUUUCUCACUGUCACGCUAUUGUUUUUAUUUCCAAAUGGGAAGAGAAAAAAGGAGGAAACAAACCAAACCCCCCAAAGCAAUAUUUUCAUGUCAUAUGCCAAAAAAAAAUUGUAGACAUUCACACCAAAAGCCCAUGAAAGUCUAUUUAAGCAAACCAAGCAGAAAUCCAACCUAAUCUCCAGGCACUACUUGACUCUUUCUCUAUGGCAAUAUCUCUCUUGUGGCCUCCACAAAGCCACACUUUUAUUUUUUAUUAUGAUUAGCCAUUUUAAAAUGAGGAAUAAAAAGUCUAAGCCAC